AUGAGAUGGUGCGAAACUCCUAAUGAACUCAGAGAGUUCAUCGAAAACAAUAAAAAAAUCUCUACUACCGAUUCUUCUUCUUGUGCUUCUUCCCCCACCCUCUCUGUUGCAGGUUCACCAGCUGGUUCAACAAUUAGUACCACCAGUCCUACUAACACUAUAUAUGUGUAUAACGUUGCUGCUAGGUCAUCUCCGUCUACAUAUAGUAAUAAACACGUGCACGCUUCUUCUUCAUCACCUUCUUCUGUAUCAUCAGCCUUUUCAGCAUUUACCACUACUCCUACCACUAACAAUUACACCGCUAGCACCUCCGCUACUUCUGCUUCUGCUUCUUUUGACUCCUCCUCUAAAUCAAAUCGUAAAACUUCCUCGUUUAGACGAUCUAAUGUAAAAGGUAAUGAUCAUCCUCAUACUGCUUACUAUUAUGGCUACAAACAUAAUGGUUUUUCACCCAUUAAUCAUGAUUAUCAUAAUUAUAUUCUUAAUAAAGGAAAAGGACGUGGGAUUUAUGGUGAUAAUAAUACUAGUCCUGAAAUGUCUUCACUAGAUACUACACCAACAUUGGGUCAAUCUUCAGACACAUCUUCAUCCGAUAGCACUCCGCCUGCUAGCCCAAAACAUAAUAACAGGUCAUCGUCAUCAUUCAUUAUCGCAAAGAAACAAUCGAGAAAAAAAUUUAAUAAUGUUAGACGUUCAAGUGAUACCAAUACCAUUACAACCAAUCGUCAGUAUGGUGUCACUAAAAACCAUGGUGAUGGCUCAUCACCGAUCAUAUCUGAACGUAAAAGAAAAAGUAACAGCCUUGCGAGAGUGAUGGCUGAUCGCGGUUUAUCGGAAGAGUCAAUCAUUCCUGCCAUUUCAUCUACUUCUACUAACUCGGGCGAAGUUAAAUCGAUUAGAAUUCCUCCUUCACCACCAUUGGAAUAUGAGAAAUUAAUUGAAAAUCUUAAUAACAUGAAUUUGGAAAAUAGAAUUUUGAAUACCGCUGAACCUAACAUCAUUUGGAAAGGUCAACCAUUGUCAAUCACUCACUUACCUCAUCAUGAUGCAUUACACCCCAAAGAAGCUUUUGUAGCAUCGGCACUCAGGUUGACUCCUGUGCAGUACUUGACCGCAAAACACACUCUAGUUUCUGCAGCUCAACGUUACACCCAAAGAAACUUCCCUUUCAAGAAAAGUGAUGCACAAAAACUUCUUAGAAUAGAUGUAAACAAAGCAAGUAAAUUGUGGGAGUUUUUUAGGCAAGUUGAAUGGAUCUAA